AUGGGCUGUACCCAAUCCGCCGCAGUAUAUCCAGGAAAUAGACAAGGAGAUGAUGAUGAUGAUAAUAUAAUAGAUGACUCUAUUCUUACACAAUCCAAUACUUUUUCAAAUGAUGAUAUUAUUGCUAAGCUACUUGAUAUAAAAAAUCCUAUUAACAUUCAAGUUGCUGACUCACAAGCUUUCAAUAAAUCUUUAAUUCAACAACGUCAGCAAGCAAUAGAUAAUGCUUCAUAUCGAUCAACUAUUGAAACAUGGACGCCAAACUCACUUCAACAACUUUCUGAUAUGAUAAAAUCAUUUUGCAACGGAAAAUCUAUUGUCGAUCAACAUUGGAUUAUAUUUUAUUGGAUUACAUUCAAUAUUGAAUAUGAUACAGUAUCAUAUUUUACAAAAAAUUAUAAAGAUCAAUCAUCAGAAGGAGUAUUUCAAAAUAAAAAAGGUGUCUGUGCUGGUUAUGCUAAUAUAUAUAAACAUUUAUGUGAUCAAAUACAAUUACCAUGUGAAACUGUUGUUGGAUAUUCAAAAGGAUAUGGAUUUGAAGAUCAUGACGGUGCACCUACUGGAACAGAUCAUGCAUGGAAUGCUGUUCAAAUUGAUAAUCAUUGGUAUUUAAUGGAAUCAACAUGGGGUGCUGGAAUUUUAAAUGAUAAAAAAGCCUUUGAGCGUCAAUUCAAUAGUUAUUAUUUUCUACCACGUCCUAAUGAAAUGAUAUAUCAUCAUUUACCAGAAGAUAAGAAAUGGCAAUUAUUAGAAACAUCAAUUGAUAUGGAUGAAUUUAUGCAAAUGCCAAAACUUCGUCCACCUUAUUUUGAUCUUAAUCUUGAAUUAAUUAAUCCAUAUAAUCGAGGUCAUGUUGAUCUUCUUCCCGAUAGACCUCAUGCAUUAGUUCUUGUGCGUGUACCAUCGGAUGUACAACUUAUAGCUGACCUUAAACUGAAUGGCGUAAAACUAGAAGGUGCUCAACGUAUCAUGUUUGAUAGUAAAAAACAAAUUUAUUGUUGUUAUUUUGCUCCAGCUACUACUGGUGAACAUAAGAUUACAGUUUAUGCAAAACGAAAUAAUUCAGGUAGUGAUUUGUACGAUUCAGCUCUUGAAUUAGUUAUGAAUAUCAAUCAAAUACCAACUAAUCCUAUCAGUUUCCCACGCACGUGGGAUACCUUUUUUGAUUUGAAUUUAGAAGUAUUGUGGCCUCAAAAUACAAAUUUAAUUAAACUGAAUAAUACCUGUAGUCAUGCACGAGUCUUAAUAAGAACCCCGACAGAUGUUGAACUUUUUGGUCGUUUGAAGGAUGCUAACCAAAAAGAAAUUAUAAAUGGAAAUCGAAUCUAUUGGAAUAAAGAAAAAGAUAUUUGGGUAUGUUCAUUUGCACCUGAUCGCGAUGGCAUAUUUGAAGCAGCUAUUCUCGCUAAGAAAAAAUCUGAUCCUGGAAAUUUUACAUCAGCUGUAUCGUUUACAAUUGAAGCAAAACAAAUUCCAAUACCUAAUAUAUCUUAUCCAAAUACAUGGUCAUCUUUUUAUGACCUUGGUCUAAAAAUACAAGCACCAAAAAAUAGUACAAAUGCUGUUUGGAAUGAUGAUGCUUCCUACACCGAACUUCUUAUUCAAACACCAGAUGAUGUUCAACUGUCAUGUGAUAUCAAAUAUAAUAAUGCUGCAAUUAAACAUGGAUCAUUAGCACAAUUUAAUAAUGAUAAAAAACUUUGGCAACUUUUAUUUGCACCUGAAUGCACAGGUCUACAUGAACUAGUCGUCUAUGGCAAACGAAUUAGUGAUACUGCAUCCGCUACGGCACUCGUUAAGUUUGGUCUUAAUGUUACUAAACUUCAACGUCCUAUGAAAUUUCCUGCAGUUUUUAGUCCAUUUCAAUCUAAAAAAUGUCAAAUCAACACACCCUUAGACGGUAUUUUAAAGAACGGAUCAGUCGUUCCCAUUAGUUGUGUAAUUCCGGAUGCAACUGGCGUUGAUAUAAAAGUUGAUUCUGAAUGGCUGCCAACUGAAGGUUAUACAAAUCCAAAUUUAGAAAGACAAAUCACUGUUGGUUCAAAAGAAGUACUUAUUUUUGUUAAAUAUGAUCAAGGAGCAAACUAUUUAAAUAUUAUAAAAUAUACUGUUGAAUAA